GGGGUCUGAUCGAAUCCUCCACGAUGUUUUAUUAACCCGAUAUUUUUACCUCGUUUUUACAGCCUCCACCCGCCCGGAGACACAGAGGGGAGAUCCCUCCCUCCCGAGUCCCCACCUCUUCCCCGUCCGCUGCCGCGAGGAGCUGUCGCCGGCAGCCACCGACCCCCCGAGUAACUGAAUUCUGAUGGAGUCGCAUGUAGCAGAAUCUAGAUGAAAGUAUGGAUGUUAGGUACGGUAAAACUGAACAAAAUGAAGACCGGGAAGGCACCGAUGAGAGGAAGCAUCGGUCAAGCAAGUCACAGAAGCACAGUAGUGUAAAAGAAGCUCAGAAACGGGAUAGUGGAAGGAAAAGAAUCUCUGGAGAUAGGAAUGAUGCUAGGAAAAAGUCAAUCAGCUCAAGCAGUGGAGAUGAAAGUGAGUAUGACAGGAAAAGAGAAUCACAUACCAAAACUCCAAGAAAGAAUCCGGAUGAGAGAAGUGAAAAGAGAUCGAGUGAAGGGUAUUGGGAAAUAGAAUCAGAGAGGAGAAGCAGGUAUGAAGAGAAUGAGAGGCAUUCUUCUAGGAAAUCAAUCAUGAAACCUUCUGAAAGUAGUUUUGUGGAGGAAUCUGAUUCAAAAGGUGGGAAAGCUGCUGACCAUAGUAAGCAUGGGUUUGCUAGGGAUCGAAAGCAGGAUCAUGGAAAUGAAUUAAGUGACUCCAAAUGUAAGGUUGUGGAUUCUAGUGCUGAUAAGGGUUUCAGGUCCAGUACCAGGGAAGAGAAAAGAGAAGAUAGAGAAACUUAUAGAAGUAGGGGAAGAUUAAUUGGUCAAGAUGAAGAUAAUAUGUCAGUCAGUGCACCUUAUGAAGCUAGGCCAGAUGUACAUGAAGAUGAUAACUGGAGAAGGGUGUUCGAAAGAUCAGCUGAGGUGGCAGGAAAUGAGAAUUCCCGCAAGUAUAGCAUCAGCGAACCACAUGAGCAGAAAUCUGAGAAAUAUAGACAACAACAAGACUCAGCAUAUGGCAGUCAUGAUGAAGUUCAAAGCCAGGAAGGGUCUGUUACUAGGGAUGGAGAGAUGAGAGAGAGAAUUGGGAGGGAAGUUAGAUAUACCAAAAGGUCACGAACACCUGAGAGAAGUGGAAGGCGUCGUAGGGAGCAGGAUGACCAUAACCGAGGCUAUUCAGAAUCUGACGAUGAAAGAAAUAUUGGGCUUAAGGGUAGAGAAUGGGAAAGAGAAGGGUACAAGGAUGAUAGGCCUUCCAAGGGAAAAGAUAGGAGCUGGAAUGACGAAAAUGGGGAUUGGGAAGCUUCAAAAGACCACUGGAAAGGAAAUCAGACUAGGCAAGAUUCCAAAGAUAGGGAGAGUGAAUCUGGUCAUGUCAAGGAGUGGGAUUUGCAAUGGCGUGAGCAAGAAAUGGUGGACAGUGAGAAUCUUCACAGCAAACCUGGCUAUAGAAAAGCUGCUAGAAUCAGGCUGGAUGGUGUAAAAGCGUCAUCAGCCUCUAGGAAUGCUUAUGAGAGUUCUGAUUCAAUAGAGAUCAAACCCAACAAGAAUCUUGACUUUGGGAAAGAGGAGACUUCUUCCAUACAUUUUGGGCAGACAGCUGAACCGGGUUCACAGCAGGAUGUCACUUCAGGAGUAAAUGUUGGAACAGGGGAUUAUCCACCUGAGAAAAAGGGUAAAAUAGCAUAUGGCUAUGGAGAUGAAUUACAGGUAAGAUACCAAGAUCACGGUUCACCUAUGGAUCAAAUGUCCACAAGGAAUUCUCUUGAUUCUCAUGCCAAAGAAGGACGAGGACGGGAUGAUACAAAUUUUAAUCGUACAGGACUGAGCCAAAGCAAUGAUUCACAGCAUCCAUUUGGGAAUAUUCAGGGAUCAGGUUCUGUUAAUAGGCCUCCACAACAGGGACCAAAAGGGGGCAGGCCUGCAAGAGGAGGAAGGGGAAGGCUAACUGGGAGGGAUGCUCAACGGGAUGCAAUUCCAUUGUCUAUGAUGGGCCCUUCAUUUGGUCAUCUUGGCUUGCUGCCAGGACCAAUGCAGUCAAUUGGACCAAAUAUGCCGCACUUACCUGGCCCACCAAUUCCCCCUGGUGUUUUCAUUCCCCCAUUUCCAGGACCGCUCAUUUGGCCUGGAGCUCGAGGUGUUGAUAUGAAUAUGCUAGCUGUCCCUCCCAGCCUUUCUCCAAUUCAUCCACCUGGGCCUGGAGGACCUAGGUUUGCACCUAAUAUGGGAACUGGCCCUAAUCAUGGCAUGUACUUCAAUCAGCCAGGCCCAGGAAGAGGAGUACCCGCUAACAUGUCAGGCCCUGGUCUUAAUGCGAUGGGACUAGGUGGCCGUGGGAUGCCACAAGAUAAAGCACCUAGCAGUUGGGGUCCACAAAGAAAUAGUGGGCCUUCUAAAGGUCCUUCAAGGGGAGAGCAAAAUGAUUACUCUCAAAAUUUUGUUGACACUGGUAUGAGACCGCAGAAUUUCAUCAGAGAGCUGGAGCUCACUAGUGUGGUGGAAGACUAUCCAAAGCUGAGGGAACUAAUACAGAAGAAAGAUGAAAUUGUUGCCAAGUCUGCUUCCCCACCCAUGUACUAUAAGUGUGACCUGCGUGAACAUGUACUCUCUCCCGAGUUUUUUGGCACAAAGUUCGAUGUUAUUCUUGUGGAUCCUCCAUGGGAGGAAUAUGUUCAUCGAGCUCCUGGUGUUACUGACCACAUGGAGUACUGGACAUUUGAAGAGAUAAUGAAUUUGACGAUCGAGGCAAUAGCUGACACUCCUUCAUUUAUCUUCCUAUGGGUUGGUGAUGGUGUGGGACUUGAACAGGGCCGUCAGUGUUUAAAGAAGUGGGGAUUUCGGAGAUGUGAGGAUAUUUGUUGGGUGAAAACCAACAAAACAAAUGCAACUCCUGCCUUGAGGCAUGAUUCUCACACUCUGUGUCAGCACUCGAAGGAACACUGCUUGAUGGGCAUAAGAGGAACUGUUCGUCGUAGCACAGAUGGGCAUAUCAUUCAUGCCAAUAUUGACACAGAUGUGAUAAUAGCUGAAGAACCUGCUUAUGGUUCAACAAAAAAGCCUGAUGAUUUGUAUAGGAUCAUUGAGCAUUUUUCUCUGGGCAGGAGGAGGCUUGAACUGUUCGGUGAUGACCAUAAUAUUCGUUCAGGUUGGCUUACAGUAGGGAAGGGAUUAUCAUCAUCAAAUUUUAAUUCUGAGGCAUAUAUCAGGAAUUUUGCCGGUAAAGAUGGAAAUGUUUGGCAAGGAGGUGGAGGCCGGAAUCCACCACCUGAAGCUCCUCAUCUUGUGCAGACAACCCCAGACAUAGAAAGCUUGCGGCCCAAAUCACCUCCCCCAAAGAACCAGUUGCUGCAACCCAUACCUCUGAUGCCCAGUAGCAAUUCUAACAACAGAAGAUGUAUGGGAAAUUCCCCACAGGCGGCCACAUCUGUGCCCUUCUCUGGGUUUUAUCAGGAUGCUUUGGGUUUGGACCCAGCGAAUGCUCUUCCUUGGAAUCCUUCCCAAUUGGGAUGAUUGAAAGGGCCUGACAAUGGAAUUUUUUAAGGUUUUGGGUUCAAUACUUGUGCACAAGCAAGCGGUGAUUAUCAUGAGUUUGAGUCUCACCGAGCGAUCAAUCCCUUGUAGUUGUAAUGCAAGACUAUGCAAUUUUUUCUCAUUAUUUUUUGAUACAUUACGAGGGAAAGGCCUUGUAUCAGCUCCGUAUUAUUGAAUGAAAUUGAUUCUUACAGGUUCAGCAGCA